AUGAUACAUCGUGAUGCACGGCGUGUGGAUGCGUCACCGAGUGGUGUCUCAUCGCCCCCACGCAGUUCGUGGUCAUCACGCCCAACAUUUAUAAACACAACAACAACAACACCAGUGGUGCUUGCUGAUCCUCUCACUAGUAGUAGCGGUACUGCAGCGUACGAGUAUUAUAAUAACAGCAGCAAUGAUGAUGAUUACAUGUCACCUCUCUCCACAUCCAAUCAUUCUCCUACUUCUCGAUAUACCAACACUGGUGCUGCUGCUGCAAACACAAACACAACAGGAGGAGUUGGAGGAUUAUCCGCUUCUUAUAGUGGAGGAGUUGGAAUAGAUGAGAAUGGUGAGUCCAAUUUUAAAGUUGUUAUUCGUGUGCGUCCACCUGUACCACGAGAAUUGGACGGAUACCGCCCUUUUGUAGAUGUUGUGCGUAUUCCAAAAGACAAUCGCUCCAUCACAUUAUGUGAAACUUUAGAUGCUGAAGAUGGACGAGGCGGAGUCUAUUCACGUCAGUCCUUUACAUUUGAUUAUGUGUAUGAUAGAAACACACCCCAGCGAGAGGUGUAUGAGCGUAGUGCCCAACCCGCCGUUCUUUCUGUGCUGGAGGGUUAUAAUGCCACACUGAUGGCCUAUGGACAAACAGGAACAGGGAAAACAUAUACAAUGGAGGGAUUCACAAGUGAAGAGCAGCGUGGAAUUAUACCACGUGCAGUGGAAGAAGUGUUUGCAGCGAUUGCAGCGUAUCGUCAUGAAAAUAAACGUUUCCUUGUUCGUGCAUCCUAUAUGCAGAUAUAUAAUGAAGUUAUCUCUGACCUUCUAAAGCCUCUCAAUAAUAAUAAUAAUAAUAAUAAUAAUAAUAAUAAUAAUAAUAAUAGUAACAGUACAACACGAGCCUUGACCGUACGCCAUACUCCACAACGUGGUGUUUAUGUGGAGGGACUUUCCGAGUGGAUUGUGCGUAGUCCCAAUGAUGUUUAUGGUCUCAUUGAGCGAGGUACACAACUGCGAGCCACAAGUACUACAAAGAUGAGUGAAUUAUCCUCCCGCUCACAUGCCAUGUUUACUAUUGUAGUGGAAGUCAUGAAUGAGGAUGAGAAUGGAAAUCCAUCCGGUUCCUACCGUGUGGGAAAACUCCAUAUUGUGGAUUUGGCGGGUAGUGAGAAGGUGCGACAGGCGGGAGUGAGUGGGCAGCGGUUGGAGGAAACAAAGAAAAUCAAUCGAUCUUUACAUGAACUCGGAAAUGUUAUUGCUGCUCUCGCUAGUAAGUCUGGUGGACGUGCACGACAUAUUCCAUUUCGUAAUUCGGUCUUAACAAGUGCCUUGCGGGAUUCUCUUGGUGGGAACUGCAAGACCACACUGAUUGCCUGCAUUUCACCAGCACUAGAGUCUUACACGGAAUCUCUCUCCACACUGGUGUUUGCAAAUCGGGCAAAGAAUAUUAAAAACACGGCUUAUAUUAAUGAAGAUAUUGACCAGGCCACACUGCUGCGGCAGUAUGAACAGGAACUAAAGCGAUUACGACAACAAUUACAGGAACGCGGCGGUGUGGAUACAGGUCUCGUCACAGCCCUGCGGCGUGCAGAAGAACGUAUUGAAGAACUAGAAAUGAUGCGACAGAAUAAUAAUAAUAAUAGUGUGAAUGAUGGACCACACACAGCUGAGGAGUACGCAUUGCGUUUAGAUGAAUUGGACCGUGAAAGACAAUUGAUGGUGGAAGAUAAAGCCCAAGUGGAUCGUUACAAGCAAUUACUAUUAAAACAACGGGAUAUUAUGUUAAACCUCACAACACGAUUGAAUGAACGGGAUGAGACUAUUUUACUUCUUCAAGAGGAAGUGGACGCCUAUGAUGCUCACGUGCAGACAUUGGAAGACACACUAGAUGCACUUCAGCAACAACAACAGCGUGUGAACAGUAGUCCUAAUGGUAAAUCUAAUAAUACUACUACUAAUUCUUUUUCUCCUCUUUCACGAUUACAGGCAGAGGAGUAUAUGCAGCGUGUGCGUGUGCAUUCGCGUGGGGUAAAUGGAACACCUGAAGUGCGGUAUAGAUCAGAUGUGAAUCCCAACACUGUAAUGCUUACAGCAGAGGAAAAGAUCAUGGAGUUACUCACUUCCUCCAACACUGUGGUAGCCCCAGCAGUCAAUCAUAGAAGUGAUAUCGAAAUGGAAAUAAGUGAAGAAGUUAAACGACAAUUGACGGAACUUGUACAAGAACGUGCAGGAACCAUUAUACGACGUUUACUAGAUGAACAGAUAUGGCAAUUAAGCCGUGAAAUGGAAUCUAUACAAGAUCAACUAGAGGCUAGUGAACAAAAGUGUCAAGUCCUUGAGGAGUUAAUAGAUGCUUCUAAAACACAACAACCCAAUUUUCAAGACGCUAUUGUUCGUGCCAGACGACAUAUUGAUGAACAACAAGAGAUGGUGCGAAAGGCAUAUGAGACUCGUAUACAAACUCUACAACAACAAUUAGCCCAGGAACGGGAACAACGUAUGCGACUCUCUAGUGAAGUGGAUACUCUGGCUGUGGAAUCGCGAAGAGCCCUUGAGUGCUGCACCACUGCUGCCCAAAGAGCGGAAUUAAAUGAUAUUUGUGUGGCCCUGCAGCGUGUGGAGGAUCACAUUCAACAUGAAACCCGACAUACCAUAGAGAAUGUCGUGGCCCGAGCUAUUGCUAUCCAUCCUAAUAAUAAUAAUAAUAAUAAUAAUAAUAAUAAUAAUAAGGAUACUAGUCAAGGUAUUCGUACUCAAAACACGAUGAGUCUUUCAUCUUCUUCUUCUCCCACGGCGGCGGCUGUGCGGGCGUUAGAGGCGCAAUUACAACAAGUGCAGACACACUACGCCAGUCGUGAGGAGGAAUGGCAGCAGGCAUUACGCGAGAAGGACGCCGCACUGCGACAAUUAGAGGAACGAUUGCAGGGCGGCAGUGAAGAGAAACUCACCGCUCUCACAAAAUCUCUCAACACACACGUGAAGGAUCGACGGGCACUAAAGACGAUUAUGGAACAGCGUAUUAAAGUGAAAACAGAUGUGAUUUGUGAAUUACUCGCCGCUGGCCAGCAGCUGCAGCCGCAGGAACGUAAUCGACUCUGCACAGAGGCACGAGCCCUACAGAAUUUAGUGAAUGCAUCUAUUAAGGCCAUGGAGUCAUGA